AUUAGGUGACAAUGGAUUAGCCAAAGUAGUAACUCCAAUUAAUAUUGUGUUCAGAGUUCUGAAAUUUGGAAGUCCUUUUUAUCAGUCUUUAGCUGUAAAUGCAGUAGCUUAGUGUUUGUGGAGCAUACAUCGUUCUAUGGGGAAGAAAGAAGGUAAUUCAUGGUUGACCGCCGUGAAAAGAGCCUUCAGAUCUCCUACUAAAGAGCCUGAUCAAAAGAGGAUUAACAGAAGGAGAGACCAACAAGAUGAACAAGCUGAAGAAGAAGAAGAAAAGAAGAGAGAGAAACGAAGAUGGCUUUUCCGGAAGCCCCAGAGCCACCACCAUGCCUCACCCAAAACCACUAAUGAUGCAGGGUCUAGUAGUGUUGGAGUGUCGAUGGCCAGCGUCUCAGAAGCCGCCGCCGCAGACCAAAGGCAUGCCAUUGCCGUGGCGGUGGCCACCGCUGAGGCAGCUGUGGCCACAGCUCAGGCGGCCAUGGAGGCCGCUCGCCUAACAAGGCCGCCCUCUAAUCAUGCCAGAGCACACUCUGCAGCCGUUGUUAUUCAGACAGCUUUCAGGGGAUAUCUGGCAAGAAGAGCUCUUCGUGCACUAAAAGGGCUUGUAAAAUUGCAAGCUGUGGUGAGGGGUCACAAUGUGCGAAAGCAAGCAAAGAUGACACUCAAGUGCAUGCAAGCUCUGGUGCGAGUGCAGGCUCGUGUGCUUGACCAACGCAUGAGGCAAUCACACGAUGGCAUCCGAAAAUCAACAGCGUUUAGUGACACCAAUAGCUUAUGGGAGUCUCGAUUUCUUCAAGAUAUUUCUGAUAGGAAGUCAAUGUCAAGAGAUGGAAGUAGCAUUGCAGAUGAUUGGGACGAACACCCACACACAGUUGAGGAGGUGAAAGCAGUGCUGCAAAACAAAAAAGAAGCUGCUUUAAAGCGCGAAAAGACCUUAUCCCAGGCCUUCUCUCAACAGAUAUGGAGAACAGGUAGGAAUCAAGCAAUGGGCAAUGAAGAUGAGGUUGAAGAAGAACAUCAAUGGCUUGAUCGGUGGAUGGCUGAGAAGACAUGGGAGAGCAGGGGAAGGGGCAGGGCUUCGACUGAUCAAAGAGACAAUGUCAAAACUGUCCAAAUGGACACUUCACAGCCAUUCUCAUACUUAACUCCUAAUUUCCAAAGAUCAUAUCAACAUCAAUUUCACAAGCAACACCAAAGACCCAAUUCGCCGUCUGUUGCCACUCCUCUCCAUAGAGCCCACCAAAAUCAAUCCAUCAACCAGUCCCCCGUCACGCCCUCUCCAUCCAAAAGCAGUCCUCUUCAAGUCCGGUCUGCCAGUCCACGCUGCGCAAGAGAAAACAGAAGUUACAACACAGCCCAGACACCAAGAAGGUCUAAUUACUACAAUAAUGGUGGUUUGUACCAACAUACAACAAGAGGUGGAACUAGUGGGGCUAUUGGUUGUGCAAUGCCUAAUUACAUGGCUGCAACCGAGUCUGCUAAGGCUAGGGUAAGGUCACAGAGUGCUCCGAGGCAGAGGCCAUCGACACCAGAGAGGGAUAGAGGAGGAGUUGGGUCGGCGAAAAAGCGAUUGUCCUACCCAGUCCCAGACACAUACAAUGCAGGAAACAGAUAUGGAGGUUAUGGAUACAAUCUGAGGAGUCCAAGUUUUAAGAGUGUUUGUGGAGUGCAUUUGGGUAUGGAACAACAUUCAAACUAUUCUUCUUGCUGUACAGACAGCCUUGGUGGUGAGAUAUCUCCUUCUUCAACAAGUGACCUUAGGAGGUGGUUGAGGUGAUCGAUGACAUAUAAAAUAUAUUAUGAUAGAGAGCUCUAAAGGUUUGUUCUUUUGAAUUUCCUCAUUAGAAUGAUAGUGUGUGUGGUAGUCAAUUGUUGUAUUUCUGCUUGUAGUUCAAUCUUUGGUGGAAAAAAAAAACUUGUAGUUCAAUCUUUGUUUUGGUGUGUAGUUGAAUCUUUUAUCCAAAAUAAUAGUAAUUUAAGAAAAGUGUGUAA